GGCCUGUGUGAUAGCUGGUUGCCCGUUCCCAGCUUGGAUUCCUGGCUCCAGGCUUUGCGCUCUGACGCACUGUGCGCCUCCCCUGUGCGCAAUGUCCAAUGAGUGCGCCAGGCGGCUGCGCAGGGAGCUGUGUGUCACUAAUUAGCCGCACACUCACUCACACUCACACAUCGCUAGGCAGAGCCCUGCACAUCAUGGAUUGUCUGCGGACUUGCUGACCCACUCACCCAGGAAGCUUGCAAGGCUAGGACAGCCAGAGCUCUGCCCCUCACUGAGCUCCAAUCACUGCACCCAGAGCUCCACAGCACAGGAUUCCUUAUUUGGGGAAGAGACCAGCUUCUGACCUACUUUCUGUUCCUCUGUGUGGCCCCUCUCCUCCCCCCACCCCUGGCUGACACAGGGGGACAGGAGUUUUGGGGAACCAUGUUUCAGCCCACACCAAAGAGGUGCUUCACCAUCGAAUCCUUGGUGGCCAAGGACAGCCCUUUGCCAGUCUCUCGCUCCGAGGAGCCCAUCAGACCAGCUGCCCUCAGCUAUGCCAACUCCAGCCCCAUCAACCCCUUCCUCAAUGGCUUCCACUCCACUGGCAGGGGGGUCUACCCUAACACGGACCUGGUCUUCGCAGAGGCUGUAUCACACCCCCCUAACCCGGCUGUGCCAGUUCACCCAGUGCCCCCACCCCAUGCCCUGGCAGCUCACCCCCUGCCCACCCCGCACUCUCCGCACCCACUCUUUACCUCUCAGCAAAGGGACCCAUCGACUUUCUAUCCCUGGUUAAUACAUCGCUACAGAUAUCUGGGACACAGAUUCCAAGGUAAGUGUCUGUUCCUGGACAGUUCUGCGGGUAGACUCCUUCCUGAAAGAAAAGUGAAACUUUUCACAGGAUUCAUUUUUGUGAUGAAAGAGAAAAAAAAAAGCCAGAAUUCGUGAGGAAAAAGUGAAUGUGUGCGUUCAAAGUGAGUAAAAGUGCAGCAUUAGGAGUUUAUUAUACUAACACGACAUGUCAGCCCUGGGAACUUGCUCCAACCGCUAACAAUGUAACUUUCAUUUUAUAAACAUCAGAACGUUCGAAGGAAAACAUUGUUACAUUCAAAGACAAACACUGACACAAAUAUUAACCAACAGCAACAUCAAUACAGACACAAACAGCUGGCUCGGCAAACGCGGAUUGUUUUCACAAAAAAAAUAUUCAGUUCAUUUGCUUAUUAGUCACCUUUUUUUCUCUCUUUUUUUUUUUUUUAAACUAAUUCCCAUAACAGUGACAAUUGGAAACUUAUGACAAAAUAGAAUAAAAAUGCCUCGCAGUAUAAAUAGAUCUAUUAGAAUAUGGCCACAUGCUGAUUUAUCUGGGAAUUAAAAACAUAUGUUAAUUUGGACGUAAAGCAAGCGGCAUUUGUGGAUCUUAGAAGCAGUUUGUGAAAACAAGAAUAUUCAAAAAAAUUCAGUUUACAUUAAAAUCAAUGUACCACGAGGGGAUGCACUAUGAUAUAUAAUCUUUUAAACAAAUAGUCUAUUUUUACAGGCUGAUCAUGCACUUGUCACAAGGAAGCUUUUAAUGUUUAAUAAAAGCGGAGUGAAUGAUAUAUUUGUGGUUAUGUAAAUGUAGAUAUUUGUGAGAGAAGAUGUGUGAAUAGGUAAUAUCUUCCUUUUAAAACAUCAUUUUGUAUUUGUGUAUAAUGUAUAUUGUAUUAUAUAUUAUACAUAUAACAUUACAUUAAUCAGUGAAAACCCAUCUCAUCGAAGAAACCCGUGAUUAAAAUAAACCCAGUAAUGUAAAUAAUGUUUAAUUACUCCUUUAAUAAUUUUAGGCCUCUCCACUGAUUAGUCUCUUAUUUUUAUUCUACCUGGACAAUGCUUGGUGAUCUGGGAUCAUUGAAUUUCCUCUGUUGGUUUUCCUGCUGGGAUACAGGCAGAGACCCUAUAAACACCUCCUAAACGAAAUCUUCGAUGCUGGGACUGGCUGACGGGGGGGUCGAAUAUAAACCAAUUAUUGAAGAAUUUGACUUUUAAACUCCACAUUGUAAAGCAGUUUAAUUCCAGUAACAAUAUUUAAUAAAAAAAAAAAAAAAGCUUAUUUGCACACAAAAAAAAAAAAUUCUCCAAACUUAAUUAAUUUCACAUAUGGGAUGUUUUUGACUAAUUUUCCCCGUUUAGAUUAUAAUUCGCUACAAUUCGAAGUUUAGUAAAUAAACGUGAACUUUGUGUUCCCUCUUCUCCCAGUAAAUCCAUUUGAGUGUGCCCCCAGAAGGGGAGAGAUCGAAGUGGUUUUUGAGGUUUAGUUGGACUCUGACGUUUUUAGCAGCGAGAGAUACCGAAGUGGAGAUAAUUAGAAGCACAUUGGGCGAGUGGAGAAUCAGUCAUGGCAGAUAGUCUUGUAAACAAUAAAUCGCUCUCUGUGUAAAGCAAUGUAUGGCUAUUAAUAUACACAGCUACUGCUUUCAUUUCAAAAUCGUUCCCAUUCGGGUUUAUUCACUAAAUUGCGAAUUGACGUGGAUCAAAAAAAGCGAAUCGCAAAAUAUUACAGAAUAAAUAGAAAUGAAAAAAAAAAAUGUCCGAAGCAGCAAGUCAGGGAUUUCACAGAAUGUCCUAUUUAAUUUAAAUGAUUCGAAUUCGCUGUUUGUUAAAUAAACUUCUUAGUAUUUAGCAUUUUAUUGUUUUACCGAUUUUAAAACUAAGAGAUGUUGAUUUAAUAAUUUAUAUCUUUAUCUAAACACAGACAGAUAAUAUCAUUUCCGAUCAGAAAUGUUUUGUUUCAGUUAUUCCGCAUAUUAAUCGAUUUAUAUUUUAUGGAAGAGGAAUUUAUAUUCAGAACCCAUUUUAAUUCGUGUCUAAUAAAAUAUCCAAGUACUUAUAUUAAAGCUAUGGCUUCUUCUAAUUAAUAUAUUAACCCAUAAAUAAAAAGCUUGAUAUUUAAUGUAUGGGAGCCGACUGUGUGUAAAUGGAUGUAAUGCAGUGCGGGUCUGUCUGUCUGUCUGUCUGUCCCGGCUAGUUAUAGACUACAUUUAGUUAAUGAAUACAAAUACUUAGUGGAACUGAAGAAAUGUAAUUGUUGCUCUGACAUACUAACAGCAGUUAGUGUUUAUAAAAUAGAAAUGACUGGGGCAGGUAUUUUUUAUAAAAUAGAAAUGACUGGGGCAGUUAAUUUUUAUAAAAUAGUAAUGACUGGGGCAGUUAAUUUUUAUAAAGCAGUAAUGACUGGGGCAGUUAAUUUUUAUAAAGUAGUAAUGAUUGGGGCAGUUAGUGUUUAUAAAGCAGUAAUGACUGGGGCAGUUAAUUUUUAUAAAGUAGUAAUGACUGGGGCAGUUAGUGUAUAUAAAAUAGAAAUGACUGGGGCAGGUAAUUUUUAUAAAGUAGAAAUGACUGGGGCAGGUAAUUUUAUACCGUAGUAAUGACUGGGGAAGUUGGUGUGAGUAUGAAUGACUGGGGCAGUUAGUGUUUAGAUAGGAGGACUGGCUGGGGCAGUCUGUGUGUAGUAAGUAGGACUGGCGGGGCAGUAAGUAGGACUGGCUGGGGCAGUUAGUUGCUCUGGCUGCACACAGAGGCAGUGGCGGUGUUGGGGAGGGGGCUCUGGUUCCUUGUCUGAGCUCUGUGUUCUUGCUGUGUCCCCAGGUAACGAUACCAGUGCGGAGAGUUUUCUGUUACAUAAUGCACUGGCCAGGAAACCCAAACGGAUCCGCACUGCCUUCUCCCCAUCCCAGCUACUGCGCCUGGAACACGCAUUUGAGAAGAACCAUUAUGUGGUUGGGGCAGAGAGGAAGCAGCUGGCUCACAGUCUGAGCCUCACAGAGACACAGGUAGGAGAACCCUCUGAGAUAGGACUACACUCGGGUCCAGGUUCGAGAACCCUCUGAGAUAGGGCCUUGCUCUGAGAUAGGACCACACUCGGUCCAGGUUCGAGAACCCUCUGAGAUAGGGCCUUGCUCUGAGAUAGGACCACACUCUAGGAGAACCCUCUAAGAUGGGUCCUUACUCUGAGACAGGACCACACUAGGGUCAAGGUAGAAGAACCCACUUAGAUGGGUCGUUACUCUGAGAUAGGACCAAACUGAGGUCAAGGUAGAAGAACCCACUGAGAUGUGUCCUUACUCUGAGAUAGGAUCACACUGAAGACCAGGUACCAAGACACAGGCAGGAGAACCGUCUGAGAUAGGUCCUUACUCUGAUAUAGGACCACAGUGAGGUCAAGGUAGAAGAACCCACUGAGAUAGGUUCUUACUCUGAGAUAGGACCACACUGAGGUCAAGGCAGAAGAACCCACUGAGAUAGAUCCUUACUCUGAGAUAGUGAGGUCAAGGUAGGAGAACCCACUGAGAUAGAUCCUUACUCUGAGAUAGGACCACAGUGAGGUCAAGGUAGGAGAACCCACUGAGAUAGGACCACACUUGGGUCCAGGUACCCAGACACAUGUCAGAGCUGUCUCAUAUUUCCAAAGGAAGAAUUAUCUCCUAUAAAAAGACAUCACAUUUAUAAAUUAAAAACUUUACAGAAACUGGCAACACCUCGAACAAUUCACAGCUAAAAAGUCCAAUUUAUGUAAAAUAGAAAAUAUGAAUAAAAUAAAACAACACUGACCAUCCGAAAUUCAGUGCAAGAAUCCCCACUUAAUCCCCGUAUUCAUUUAAGAUGAAGGGAGUUUGUGGUUUUGUUUUUUUUUCCUAAUUAAAUUUACUUUCUACAAAAACAGUUAUAGCCAAUAAACGAUAAAGAAUUGCUAAUUCGUUGUAUCUGCUGGGUGUCCAAUAAGAUUACUGUGUAAAUCAUUUCUAUAUAUUGGCCGCCUGGUUCCAUUCCUGGGAAUAAGAUUUUGUUAUUAAUGAUUGCGAACAUAAAGCGGUUACAUUGUCUCCUUUAUUUACUCACAUUAACUUGUAGAGAGAUUUUGUAACUGACGCCAGAUUUAAACAAAUAAUACAAGUUAUUCUCUUGUUUAAAAUGAAUUAUUUCCCAAUGUUUUGGUAGUUUGUUUGGCUGAAAUCCAAAAAUCAAGAAAUAUGAUUUAAGUGGUUUACCAAUUGUUCUUCCGAGACAUUCACAGACAAAGCAAAUAUUUCCUCGUUCACACAAAUAAAUCCAGAUUAAACUAUUCGGCCGACUUUCUAAUAAUUAGUGUCAUUUUCCAAAAGAUUUUCUUCAAACAUUUACAUAGAUUCAUAAAAUGCAUGCAGGUUCUGUGUGUGUGUUUCUGUGUGUGUAUGUGUGUGUGUGUCUUUGGGUGUGUUUCUGUGUGUAUGUGUGUGUGUGUUUGUGUGUGUAUGUGUGUGUAUGUGUGUUGUGUGUGUGUCUUUGGGUGUGUUUCUGUGUGUGUGUGUGUCUUUGGGUGUGUUUCUGUGUGUGUGUGUUUCUGUGUGUGUGUGUGUUUGUGUUAUAUGUACAAUAAUACAUUCACACACAUACACCCAAAUAUUAAUGAAUAAUUAUUAAAUCGACACAGAAAUGUAAAAAGCUAAAUAUAUAUCUGUGUUUGUUUUCCGAUUCUAAAUGUAAUUGUGUGUCACUAUUCUGCACUGAAUGUUCUAGGUAUCUGGGGCUGUUGACCCAUUGGUUGCCAUUGCUCCAGGCUGGUAGAGACAUGGUUAAAGGACUAUCAGUCGAUCGGUUGAUGUGAUUGCAAGCUUUGCAUGGGCUGCAGAUUUCUAUGCUAUGGAGAGGGGGCCCCCAUGUCCCAAUGUGACACUAACAUCCUCUGUGUGGAUUAAGUUGUAACAUUUUUUAUUAGGGGGGGGGGGGGUGUAUAAAGUUCAGUCUUUCUGUUUUAAAGUUCACUGACGCUUCCAAGGAAUGACUGGCUUCUUCCACAGACUGACCAGGCUCUCUGUCCUGGGAGGCUCCCAUUUACGGUGGUCUUUGUCCUUCCUGAAUAAGAUUUUUUUUUUAUAUUUUCUUAUCUGUGCUCCCCCUAAUUAACAAAUUAACAAACUAAAAGCAAAUUAAACUCACCCCUUCUUCUAAUGACACAGGUGGCGGGUUAUAAAAUGCAGAGCCCCACCCCAGUCAUAGCCCCCCUGUCCCUGCAUUUAGCUCAAUGUGGGGAGAUUAUUCAGGGAUUAUUGGUGUAUUGAACACUCACUACCUAAUGGAAGGGAACAAGUCUUCUAUUUAUUAUAUUUUUGAACCAGAAUUGGGUCAUGGUCGAAUGUUAGAUUUUGUUGUCAUCUGAAUUUUAUUUGUUAUUAAGUGAGAGAAUUCGAUAAUGAAGGCUACACAGAUCACUGUUUAGUAAAUACGGCCCUAAAUGAGUCCUGGGGGUCGUACAUAAUCUAACUGUAUUAUACACUGCGAGUAGGUUUGAUGUAACUCGUUGCUAUUUGAAAUAAACAUUGAAUCAUUUCUAAAUAGAGGCUCCCAGGCUGGAAUCUGACGGUAACGGGCUGUGGUUAGUUAUUUGGGGGAGAGGGGGAGAGCACACACCAGACAAUAGUCCUUUUUUUUUUUUUUUUUUUUUUAGCGAUUUCAAGAUUUUAAUCUUCAAAGAGCAUUUGCCUUAUUCAAACAGGGCAGUUUAGAAACCUGUAUCUAAUGGUCGGGGUUAAUAAAAGGCUGGAAUUUAGUGAGUGAGGGGCCCUUGCGCAGGUCCAGUCAGGGGCCAAUGAAUAAUAUAUUGAGGCAGCAUCUGUAUGGUUUUGGCAGAACUUUACAGACACAAAGAACAGAGUUUGGGGAGAAUUCCUGCACCAUCUAUUUAUUCCUUCAUAUUACUGAGCAGAAUAAUGGAUUUAUUGAAUGGGGAGAGCUGGCAGUGCCGAGACACAUUAACCCUUUCAGUGCCAGGGAUCGAACGAGAAACUUACUUACUGCAAUUCCCAUCAGGCACUGGAGUUUCUCUGCUCCAAAACUCACAAAUGCCCAGUAACCAUAGUAACUCGCCCAGAAGCAUAGAACAGGUAAAAAUCAUAUUGAAACCUUGACAUCAGGUGCCAUAUUGAAACCUUGACAUCAGGUGACAUAUUGAAACCUUGACAUCAGGUGACAUAUUGAAACCUUGACAUCAGGUGCCAUAUUGAUACCUUGACAUCAGGUGCCAUAUUGAAACCUUGACAUCAGGUGCCAUAUUGAAACCUUGACAUCAGGUGACAUAUUGAAACCUUGACAUCAGGUGACAUUGAAACCUUGACAUCAGGUGACAGACAUAUUGAUAGACUGUAAUAUAGAAUCAAAUCUUAAUAUAGAAGACAGGCGUGCAGGUAUGAGGGAGUGUAAACAAUAGUGAAAUUUAGUUUUUUAGUAAAUACAUUAGAGAUCAGAGGGUGGGGAUCUCCUGUAUGGAAUAACUCCAGUACACUUACCGAUAGUACCUAUUGUACCAGGAGUCCAGGGGUACUGGGGCAGGUCCAAUCCGGGUAUUUAUCAUACAUUAUCGCUAGAUAGAGAAUUAAAUGAAUAAAGGAAGCGCUCUCACAUGAUACAGUGGUUAUGGUACUGAGGUAGGCUGUCUAUGAAGAAUCUGGCCAAUUUGGGCAUGACACCGCUGGCAUCCCAUAAUACCUAGGCAAUGAGUUGGUGUGGCCAGUAAAGGAAUGUCUGUCUCAGGCUGUGAUGUGAUCUCUCCCCAUUACACCCAGACCUGGAACCGCUUUAUUAAUUCUCUCCCUAUUACACCCAGACCUGGAACCGCUUUAUUAAUUCUCUCCCCAUUACACCCAGACCUGGAACCGCUUUAUUAAUUCUCUCCAUAUUCACACCCAGACCUGGAACCGCUUUAUUAAUUCUCCCCAUUACACCCAGACCUGGAACCGCUUUAUUAAUUCUCCCCAUUACACCCAGACCUGGAACCGCUUUAUUAAUUCUCCCCAUAUUCACACCCAGACCUGGAACCGCUUUAUUAAUUCUCUCCAUAUUCACCCAGAUCUGGAACCGCUUUAUUAAUUCUCCCUAUUACACCCAGACCUGGAACCGAUUUAUUAAUUCUCCCCAUUACACCCAGACCUGGAACCGCUUUAUUAAUUCUCCCCAUUACACCCAGACCUGGAACCGCUUUAUUAAUUCUCUCCAUAUUCACACCCAGACCUGGAACCGCUUUAUUAAUUCUCCCCAUUACACACAGACCUGGAACCGCUUUAUUAAUUCUCUCCAUAUUCACACCCAGACCUGGAACCGCUUUAUUAAUUCUCCCCAUUACACCCAGACCUGGAACCGCUUUAUUAAUUCUCCCCAUAUUCACACCCAGAUCUGGAACCGCUUUAUUAAUUCUCUCCAUAUUCACCCAGAUCUGGAACCGCUUUAUUAAUUCUCUACCCAUUACACCCAGACCUGGAACCGCUUUAUUAAUUCCCCCCAUUACACCCAGACCUGGAACCGCUUUAUUAAUUCUCCCCAUUACACCCAGACCUGGAACUUUAUUAAUUCUCCCCAUAUUCACACAGACCUGGAACCGCUUUAUUAAUUCUCUCUCCAUUACACCCAGACCUGGAACCGCUUUAUUAAUUCUCUCCAUAUUCACACCCAGACCUGGAACCGCUUUAUUAAUUCUCCCCAUUACACACAGACCUGGAACCGCUUUAUUAAUUCUGGCCCCAGGUCUCCUGUAACUGUUGGGGCUUUAUUCACUUAAAGAGACGCUAAUUAUUCUGUAGUUGACGCAAAUUAUCCGAUAUCAUUGAACUAAUCCGUUGUUGACGCUAAUUGUACUGUAUGUGACGCUAAUUGUACUGUAUGUGACGCUAAUCUGCUUUUUUUUCUUUCUAAAGGUAAAAGUUUGGUUUCAGAACAGAAGAACAAAGUUCAAACGGCAGAAGCUGGAGGAGGAAGGAUCAGACUCCUCUCAGAAGAAGAAAGGGACCCAUCACAUCAACCGGUGGAGAAUUGCAACCAAGCAGGCCAGCCCUGAGGAGAUAGAUGUCACAUCGGACGAUUAACCCUUAGCACUUUGAACUGUCAUUAUUUAACAAACGCCAAAAACCAGGAGAAACGGAAAGUGUCCCUGCCCCAGGACAAUCCAUGGGGCACAAACCAACAAACAGCCUCCUCCUGGCAGGUGCUCAGCAGACAGGGGAAUACAGCACACACAACAAAAACACAGGACAAUUUUUGCACUUCCAAUUUUUCUGUCUCAGUUUUUUUUUCACAGCGAAAAAAAAAGAAAAAGAAAAAAACAAACAGAAAAGAAUGAAAGAUAAGGAAACACCUGUUACAAAAACUUGAAUUGCAUGAGAAACCUCGAGCAAAUGGUUUCAGAUGGCAGAAAAUAUUGUAAGUUUUUUUUUUAAUUUAAUUUUGUUUGUUUUUUGGAGGGGGGAGGACUGACUCUGUGUGCUUUAUAUUUUUUAUAUAUUUUUUUUUUAAGAGAAAUGUGCAGUUUGUAUACAUUUUAUGGUAUAAUUCAAGUGAUUGUGAAAAAGAACCUUCAGUAGAAUGAAUAAAGGCCACAGGGACCGGACACAAUUUGGGGAGGGAUGAUGGGCUGCCAGAUAUUGGAGGGGGAUUUUCUGCAAAAAAUAAAAUAAAAUUGAAAAGGACAAGUUUAUUUGGUGCAAUUCCCCAUGGCUUGUGGUGCAUUUAACCCCAGAAUCCUGGCACAGUAAAGACAUUUAAUGGAUCUUUCAAAUAAAUUGAAAAAAAAAAACACAAAAAACUGAUCACAUUUUUUUUUUUUUUUUUUUGAAGCACUGAGAUUCUGGUCCAAUAUAUAGAAAGCUACUAAACAUGGACAAUAAUAAUGAAAUAAUAUUAAUAAAACAAAUCGAUUGUUUUCCUUAUGUCUUCUAUACCAGAUUGUACAUAUUUUGGUGUUUGUGUUAAUUUGUUAGAAUUCUAACACACUAUAUACUUCUAAGAAGUAUGAACCCUGUCAAUAUUUUGUCAAUAAAGAUUUAUUCAAAUGCUCCAAGUGUUAUCCAU